UUGAAAUUCCCGGGUGCGUCCGCUCUCAAAAUCACAGAAUCUUGAUUUCUGGAAUACUCUUCCCACUCUCGUCUCCGCCGGAGCUCAACAGCCACCUCAUCUCCGUCGUCGACUUCAGAGCACCAACCGCCUGAGAUUUCUAGCUUCCUCCAAUCGCAGUGGAACCGCCGCGCUUUCCACCAUGGCGUCUGGCUCGCCUCCUCCCUCGCGCAUCAAUCAGUUCUUUGCUUCGAAGAAACGGAAGCCUGUGUCACCUGCAGUGAAGUCUGGGAGAAAUGAAAAGGAUGUGAAAACUGUAGAAACUUCACCAAGUGCCAAGGGCACACUGGACAUUUAUCUGCAGACAUCGCCGGAGAGUUAUAAUGUUGCGAAAGCUUUGUGCAAAUUCGGUGAUUCAGUGGCUCAGCAAGAUCAAGUUAGAAGGAAUUUGGCAAUGGAGAUGGAUAGUUAUUCAAGAAAUGAAACCAUACAUCUCCGUUCGUCUUCUCAACUGUGUGAGGCUUUCAGAGCAAAUCAGAAGGAGAUAGGGGAGGGACUAACCAAAGCUGUUGAUGUUUCAGCUGGGGGUUCUUCCAAGGAUUGCUUGGAUUCUGCAGGAAGUGUGGAGAAUGUAGAGAUGAAGAAGUUUGCAGAUGACUUUUUGUCUUUGUAUUGCAGUGAUAUUCAGUCAAACAAAAGUUCUAUUGUGGAGCCGAAAGUGAAUGAUCAUAAGAGACAUGCUAGCCCAUCUUUGCUGGAUGGGGAGGGUAAUAUGUGUAAAAAGAGGCAUUGCACUAGUGAUAAAUCUCGUGAGGAACGUGAAACAAGCAGCUCUUCAGAGAAGCACUGCGAAGCAAUGCAAUCUGUAUGUUUUGAUAAAGAUGGGGCUACCAAUCCUAAUAAGUUGCUCGAGCUUCGACAAACCUUAAAAACGUGCAGUAAUACACAUAAAUUGUCUGUAGACCUAGUUGACUGUCACACACCAGGCUCAUUGAUUAAAUCCUGUGUCCGCCAAACCCCCAAUUCAACACGUGGUAGUUCAUUAUCUUCACCCGGUGAAGCCUUUUGGAAUGAUGCGAUUCAACUUGCUGAUGGUCUAUGCGCCCAGGCAGCAGAAACAACUACUGCUUUGGAUAGCCAAUAUCAUGGUAAAAACUCGUGCAAUUUAAGAAAUGCACACUGUAAUGGGAAGCCGAAUGAAAUGUCAGACAAAUGUGAACAUAUGGGUGAUGGUGCUGAUUUGGAUCCAACUGCAAAGCACAGGAAUGACUUCUUUAAAAAAGUUUCCCCACUGCCUGUUAAACAUUUUGAUUUCUCUCGUGAGGACAAGAUUUCGAAUGGAAGUAUGCCACAUCAUAUGAAUGUGUUUAAUCUAAAAAUCACAGCUUAUGCAGGUGGUGAGCAAUCUGAAUCCAGUAUUGUAGAUCCCAAAGGUCUAAGACAUGAUAUCACUAUGGGUCGUUGCAACAAAUCUCAGGCAAAUCAAGUGCAAGAUGCUGAUCCUGUUAGUGCAGUGACCAAACUGAAGAAUUUGUGUACCAGGGAUAAUGGUGACCCGACAUUUUCUUCACAAGGUGAUGAAGUCAUUAAGUUGAAUGGUAUGUGUGAAUCGAGCGAAGCGAGUACACCUUCCAGUUUUGUGCCACUGAAAGAUUGUCUGGAUCUAGAUGGUUGGCUUGCUCCAGAAAUAUGCAGCAUAUAUAGAAAGAAAGGAAUUUCAAAACUUUAUCCUUGGCAGGUUGAAUGCCUUCAGGUUGAUGGUGUGUUGCAGAGAAGGAAUCUUGUGUAUUGUGCGUCAACUAGUGCAGGUAAAAGUUUUGUUGCAGAAAUUCUGAUGCUACGGCAGGUCUUGUCAUCUGGAAAAAUAGCUUUGCUCGUACUUCCCUAUGUAUCACUUUGUGCGGAAAAGGCAGAACACGUGGAGUUACUUCUUGAACCACUUGGUAAGCGUGUUCGUAGUUAUUAUGGGAACCAAGGUGGUGGUACACUUCCCAAAGACACCUCUGUAGCUGUCUGCACAAUAGAAAAAGCAAACUUUUUAGUAAACAAGCUGCUAGAAGAGGGCCGUCUUUCAGAAAUCGGGAUUGUCGUGAUAGAUGAACUGCACAUGGUUGGUGAUCCAAGUAGAGGUUACCUUCUGGAACUUCUGUUGACAAAACUUCGUUAUGCAGCUGGUGAUGGAAUAUCUGAAUCAAGUAGUGGAGAAAGUUCAGGCGUGAGCAGCGGUAAGGCUGACCCUGCUCAUGGUUUGCAAAUUGUUGGUAUGAGCGCCACUAUGCCAAAUGUGGCAGCAGUGGCUGAUUGGCUUCAAGCUGCCCUCUAUCAGACAGAAUUUCGACCGGUACCACUAGAAGAAUACAUUAAAGUGGGGAAUAUCAUUUAUAACAAGAAAAUGGAGAUUAUUAGAACAAUCCCAAAAGCAGUUGACCUUGGUGGUAAAGAUCCAGAUCAUGUUGUGGAACUGUGCAAUGAGGUUGUACAAGAGGGAUUUUCCGUGUUAAUAUUUUGCUCUAGUCGAAAAGGAUGUGAAUCAACAGCGAGGCAUAUUUCAAGAUUCCUUAAGAAAUUUACAGUCAAUACUCGCACUGAUGACAAUGAAUUCAAUGAUGUGACAUUGGCUAUUGAUUCCUUACGACUGUGUCCUGCUGGUCUGGAUCCAAUAUUAGAAGAAACCCUUCCUUCUGGAGUUGCCUACCACCACGCUGGGCUCACGGUUGAGGAAAGAGAGAUUGUUGAAACCUGUUACCGUAAAGGCCUUGUACGCGUCCUAACUGCCACAUCUACCUUAGCAGCUGGUGUUAAUCUGCCAGCUAGGAGAGUCAUUUUCCGUCAGCCCCGUGUUGGUCGUGAUUUUAUAGAUGGGACUCGGUACAGGCAAAUGGCUGGUCGGGCUGGUCGUACUGGCAUAGAUACAAAGGGAGAAAGUGUACUUAUUUGCAAGCCAGAGGAGAUCAAAAGGAUCAUGGGAGUUCUUAAUGAUAGCUGUCUGCCUUUGCGCUCUUGUUUAUCUGAAGAUAUGAACGGAAUGACUCACGCAAUCUUAGAAGUUGUAGCAGGGGGCAUUGUUCAAACUGCUAAGGACAUUCAUCGGUAUGUUAGGUGCACACUUUUAAACUCCACUAAACCUUUUCAGGAUGUGGUGAAAUCAGCACAGGAAUCUCUCCGGUGGUUGUGCCAUAGGAAAUUUCUAGAAUGGAAUGAUGAUACGAAACUAUACAAUACUACACCCCUUGGACGUGCAGCUUUUGGCAGUUCUCUGUGUCCUGAAGAAUCACUUAUUGUGCUGGAGGAUCUUUCAAGAGCAAGAGAAGGCUUUGUACUUGCUUCUGAUUUGCAUUUGGUUUACCUAGUAACACCAAUAAAUGUUGAUGUUGAGCCUGAUUGGGAACUGUAUUAUGAACGGUUCAUGGAAUUGUCUUCUCUUGACCAGUCUGUUGGCAAUCGCGUUGGAGUGACAGAGCCAUUUUUGAUGCGAAUGGCACAUGGUGCACCUAUGCGGUCAUCAAAUAGGAUGAGAGAAAAUAUGAAAUCGUUGCAUAACAAUUAUGAAAACCGACUUGGGACUACAAAGAAUACUGUGCUUCCGGAUGAUCAAAAAGUUCGAGUGUGUAAAAGGUUAUAUGUUGCUCUCAUCUUGUCAAGGCUAGUUCAGGAAGUGGCUAUCAAUGAGGUCUGUGAAGCUUUUAAAGUGGCUAGAGGUAUGGUCCAGGCGUUACAAGAGAAUGCUGGAAGAUUUGCAUCUAUGGUAACUAUGUUUUGCGAGAGGCUUGGAUGGCAUGACUUGGAAGGCCUGGUUGGAAAGUUCCAAAACCGUGUCUCAUUCGGAGUGAGGGCAGAGAUUGUAGAACUGACUACAAUUCCAUUUGUCAAGGGCUCUCGAGCAAGGGCACUAUAUAAAGCUGGUUUACGGGCACCUUUAGCUAUUGCUGAAGCAUCCGUCCCUGAAAUCGUCAAAGCUCUUUUUGAAUCUUCAUCGUGGGAAGCCCAAGAAGGUUCAGCUCAAAGACGCAUCCAAGUAGGAGUAGCCAAAAAGAUCAAGAAGGGGGCACACAAAAUAGUUCUUGAAAAGGCUGAAGAGGCCAGAGUUGCUGCCUUCUCGGCCUUUAAAUCUCUUGGAUUGGAGGUCCCCCAGUUUUCUCAACCAUUAUUUCCGACUGCUGGUGGAAGUCCCAGUAUGCAAGGAACAAUAAAUUCCUCUGGUGAUGAAAAUACUAGUAGCUUUGUUAAUGACCAUGUGGACGAUGCUCCUAAACCAUCUUUGGAAAGAAGGGCUCCUUCUGAUAAGGUUGUAUCAGGAGAGAACUUGACAAAAACAUCAGAUAUUGGUAUGGUGGUGGCUUCAGGAGAAGUAAAUUCAAGUGGUGCCAUGAAAAUGAACUUUGGGGCUGAAAAUUCGGUAGUACCAAUUGAAGGGUCUGGUUCCCCUAGGGAGGAGCUAAAUACUGUUCAUCAAACCAAAAUUGCUGACUUGACCAAUUCGAUCAAGGUAGACAGCUUAGGCGAUAGAAAUAGGACAUUCCGUGAAUCAUUAGAUCCUAACAAGCUGGCAAGCUGUGAAGGGAAAAAUUUGUCUCUUGGUAAGGGUCCGGCUUGUGAAAAGGGCCCUAUUCAUGCAAUAUAUACUCCUGGUGGAAUUGAUUCAUUUUUUAAUAUAUGGGAAAAUACCUCAGAGUUCCAUUUUGAUAUCCACUACAACAAAAGAUCAGAAUUGAACUCUGCUGCUCCUUUUGAAAUACAUGGAAUGGCUAUCUGUUGGGAAAAUUCUCCUGUAUACUAUGUUAACAUUCCUAAGGAUCUGCUGUGGUCUGGCAGCAGCAGUAAAGAUGAAGGCCUGUGUUUGACUGCAUCAGGUGAUAGAACUAAUGUGUUACCUCUUGAUGAUAUGUUGGGGCUGGCUAGAUGUAGAUGGAGCAGAAUUGGUGAAAUCAUGGGGAAAAGAGGUGUCAGGAAAUUUACUUGGAUGUUGAAAAGUCAGAUUCAGGCACUAAAAUGCCCUGCAGUUCAAAUUCAGAGAUUUGGUUGUCCGAGUCUUGCGGGGAAAAGUAUUUGUUUUCAAAUUAUAGACACCUCGUUCAUAUUGUUGCCACCGGUUCACAUACAAGAUGGCAUUGACAUGUCCAUUGUGGCCUGGAUUCUUUGGCCUGAUGAGGAGAAAAACUCCAGUCCAAACCUGGAAAAGGAAGUUAAGAAAAGGUUAUCUAGCGACGCUGCAGCAACUGCAACUCGAAACGGCAGGUGGAAAAAUCAGAUGCGAAGAGCUGCACAUAAUGGUUGCUGCCGUCGAGUUGCACAAACACGAGCCUUAUGUUCAGUUUUGUGGAAGUUGCUUGUUUCUGAAAACCUUACUGAGUCACUUAUAAAUAUUGAAGUUCCACUGGUUAAUAUUCUUGCCGACAUGGAGCUUUGGGGAGUGGGUCUUGACAUGGAAGGAUGUCUGCAAGCACGUAAUGUACUGGGGAAAAAGCUGAGGCAUCUUGAGAAGGAAGCUUAUAAACUGGCUGGCAGGACUUUUUCAUUAUCUACAGCAUCUGAUAUUGCCACUGUGCUGUAUGAACACUUAAAGCUGCCCAUACCAGAGGUGUGCAACAAGGGAAAACAACAUCCAAGUACUGACAAGCAUUGCUUGGAUCUACUAAGGGACGAGCAUCCUAUUAUACCCGUUAUCAAAGAGCAUCGUACAUUGGCAAAACUCUUAAAUUGUACUUUGGGAUCCAUCUGUUCACUUGCUAGGCUGUCAGUGAAGACGCAGAAGUACACAUUACACGGUCAUUGGCUCCAAACAUCAACAGCUACUGGUCGGCUUUCAAUGGAGGAACCUAAUCUCCAGUGUGUGGAACAUAUGGUUGACUUUGAAAUGAACAAGGAUGAAAAUGGGAGCAAAACUGACAUUGAUCAUUACAAAAUUAAUGCUCGGGAGUACUUUAUACCCACUCAGGACAAAUGGAUACUGCUGACCGCAGAUUAUUCUCAAAUAGAACUGCGGGUAAUGGCCCAUUUUUCUAAGGAUUCCUCACUCAUUGAACUCCUUAGUAAGCCCCAUGGCGAUGUCUUCACAAUGAUUGCAGCUAGAUGGACUGGACUGUCAGAAGAUUGUAUUAGUUCUGAUGUACGAGAUCAGACCAAAAGGUUGGUGUAUGGAAUUCUCUAUGGAAUGGGUGCCAAUAGCCUUGCUGAACAACUGGAUUGCAGUCCCCAGGAAGCUUCUCAGAAAAUUCAAAACUUCAAAAGUUCUUUUCCUGGAAUUGCUUCUUGGCUCAAUGAAGCAGUUGCAUAUUGCCGCAAGAAAGGAUAUGUGGAAACCCUUAAAGGAAGAAAACGAUUUUUAUCAAAAAUAAAAUUUGGGAACAGCAAGGAAAAAUCAAAGGCACAGAGACAGGCUGUAAAUUCUAUAUGUCAGGGAUCAGCUGCUGACAUAAUUAAGAUUGCAAUGAUAAAUAUUUACUCCGUAAUAGUUGAUGGAGCUCAGUGGCCGGAUUCAACUUCUUCACUUGCAACAAAUAUUCAUAAACUGAAGGGUCGCUGCCGAAUUCUAUUGCAGGUACAUGAUGAAUUGGUACUGGAAGUUGAUCCUACUGUGAUAAAGAAAGCUGCUUUUCUGUUACAGACAAGCAUGGAAAAUGCUGUGUCGCUUAUUGAACUUGGGGUUCGUUGCAACCCUUUCAGGCCAACAAAUAUGAAGAUCUGCCGGAUCCUUAAUUUGACCAAGAUGUGUUCCUGUUCAAACAGGCAAAAGUUUCAUGACCCUGGAAGUUUCACGAACGUUAUCAGCUUUACGGGAUGUACGAAGCUUAGUGGAAUUGCUGGAUGUACAAAGCUUAGUGGAUGACAAAUAUAACAGUUCAACACUGAACCAUCGGAGAUAACAUAAGUAGCACCAGAAAGCCAAGGCUUAUUAUGUACUGGAUAUAUAACAUGUCCAAUAUAGCAUGCUUUUUUAGUAUAAGCUGUAGUACAUAGCGACAAGAAGCAAGUCG